UAUCACUUUAGCUGUACUUUCUGUACUUUUUUCUUUUUCUCUCUUCCGUGCAUUGAGUCUCGAUUGUAUAUUGAUUUCAUUUCAAGUGCAGAAAGUGUAAUACAGUGCAAGUAAAAAGAAUAAACCUAUUUUUUUAUUUAGUUGCUCGAGAUAUGUAGUAAAAUUAAUCACUGCUAGCGUAUUAUUGCUUGAAAAACUUAUUAAUAAGUGAAUAUUAAUCCAAGUGAAUUCAAAUAUCUUUCUAAUUAACAAAUGUUAAAAUCGGAAAAUUACUUGGUUCGGCUGUCCUUGUCGGCUUUUCUCGUCAUUUACAAAAGAGGUUAGCGUUCCUGUUGUAGCUAAACGAGGCUAAUUUUUGUGCGAUUUUUGAACCUAUAAAAACUUAUGAACGUGCAUAUAAAAUCGAUGAUGAGGUGUAUGAAAUUUCAAAAUAACAAGAAACUACCUUCGAAUAUUGAAGAAGGUGCAGAGAAUGUGACAAAGAUAGCAAAUAGCAGGGUAGAUAAGAAGAAUGAAAACUCUCCUAAAAGUUCUCGAGAAUACAUAGCUCCCAAUAACCAUAGUACACCAAUUAGGCAGAAACCUAGCUCAGAUAAUGCAGAGGAUUUAUCCAAUCUUGAUUAUUCCCCUAACCUGAUAUUACUUCCAUGUACACAAGACGGAGGUAAUGAGGUUGCGUGGGAUUGGCAGAAUACUCUGAACAAAACACCUAAUAGCAGAAACAAGAAACAAAUUGUUCAGUCUGAGACACCUAAGGGAACUAAGGCAUUUCAGAGGAAGAGGAACUCAGAUUCUCCUUUGUUAUGCAAACCGCUCAAGAGAAAGUCCAUCAAAAUGGAAAGCAUUGAACACAUAGGGCAGUUUGCCGCUGAACUGCAGGCAUUAAAUGAAAAAGUAAGAAUUAUAGAAGAAAAUGAUUUAGAAGAUAGCAUCAAAGAAGAAUCAAGCAUAGUCUACAGGAGCAACAAUGAAAAAGUCAAGUCAAGUGUCGUAGAUAACAAGGAGAAUUGUACUGUAGAAACCAACAUUAUUUGCAAAAGAAGCGCGAGUUACGAUGAUUUAUUUGACGAUUCAAUAGAUGAUUCCAUGGCUAGAUGCACUCAGGAGAUAGAGGAGAAGUUGAAUCUGAUUGUGGUCAAAGGAAGCUCCAAUGUGCAUUCACAGUCGAAUAUUAAAAAAGAAAAAUUAUCUCCCACAAAUAAUACAACUGUUCAAAUUUCUGCUACGCAAUCUAAGGAAAGCUCUGUAACAACAUCGACCAAAAACUUGUUCUGUGGGAACACAGAUGGUAAUAGCACCUUAAGGAUGAAUACUGAUAGGACCUCUCAGAUAAAUAGUGAUGGUAGAUUAAAGACAUAUUCGAAACUGUCAUUGAAAGGAGACGCAAACUCUAGUGUACAUGUUUCGACUUGGAAAGACAAAAAUCUACAUAAAGUGUGUCUCAACAACAAUAUGGUACAAUGUGACAGUGAAAAAUCGUCAAAGGACAGGGUCGCGGAACUGUUCGAUUUUCCGGACGAUUCUUUCGACGAUUGCUUAGCGACUUGCAUCGAGGACGAUGAGUUACUGUCGACGUCGAUUAAAUCAAACGGUUUUCUAGUUCCUAAAUUCGAAUCCAACUAUAAGAAUUUGACUCAUGCGCCUCUGAAAAAGAAACUUUUCUACAAUAGCACGGCAUCAAACGUGAAAGUUGAGACUUCCACCACUGGCUCCCUGGAUAAUAGGAAAUUUUUCAAAUCUAAAAGUCUGUCGGACCAAUACAUCGGUCAGAACUCGACCGCAAACUAUAAAAGUACAGUACAAGUAACGCUCCCUUCAUACUUGGCGAAAACCGCGUCGCGCUUAAACUCAACACCCAAGAACCCAGCGGUAUCGCAUAGCACGAGUACUUCCGUAAGUACGGAUUCGGUUCCUACAAGUCAGUGUAAAAUCGAAAAUAAUGCAAUCUCGUUAAUACCUAGCGUGGAUCGAAUGCUGGGACCCGAUGUUAACAGAUCCGCAAUAAAAGAAAGUGGUAAUCGUUUCGUCAAAUACAAUUCCACCGGUAACAUGAGAAGCGAUGCAAAAAAAACGGUAACAAUCGACUCGCUGCCAGCUCGCUGUACUCCGGAGGAAAUCGAAAAGAAAAGGUUGCAGGCUAUGAUGCGACUCAAGGCGAAAGGAAAAUUGCGAAACGAAAAUUGUGCUCUGAAUAUCAAAAAUAAUAUCAACAGAUUCAGGACGUAUCCACCAGCUAAGACACGUAGGACAUACGACAUGGAACGUAUUUUACAUACAAGAGAAAAGAAAAUUGUCGAUUUACUCGACAUAGUUGUGGAAAUCGAGAGACGGGAGAGAAGAGGAGAGGACAAUUUACUAUAGCGCAACGAUUUCCAGCGAGAUCUCUGGAAUAAAAUGUCAUGAUAUAUAA